AAGUCCACUUCUCUAAGAAGAUUUGUUCAGGCACACGCCAAAACACAAAAACAAAACCUUCAAGAACAAAUAAAUUUAAUAUUUACAUAUUCUAUAAAAAAAAAAUGGAUCUUGAUUUAAUACAAGAUCUGCCCAUGUUGAAUUUCCCAUCACCCAUCAAGAUCCGAUCCAACACCAACAGAGAUGAUAACGGCGGCGGCGGCGGCGGCUGCACCACUCCCACUUCCUCCGACCACAAGAUUCCUCCCUCCACGGCCACUACUCCUCCUCCUCCUCCGCAGAAACGCCGCCCACCUCCGACGCCGUCGUCUCUCCUCAGAUCUUGCAAGAGGAAGCUUAUGACGUCAUCAAAGUAUGAGAUCAUCGUCGACAAAGAUGAAAUCGAUCGCUUCUUCUCCUCCGUUUAUAAUCAGACGAUGACGUCAUCUCCCACCACCACGACGGCUAUCACGGUGACCAGGCGGCGGAGAAGUUUCCGUUCUUGUUCCCGGAGAUGAUCAAUAAUUGGAGUUAACCACAAUCAUGUUAAAGGUUCCUUCAUUUCGAUAGCUUUUUCGAUUUUUUUUUUUUAAUUUUAUGUAAUGAUUCUCAACUUUACACGUCGACCCACUCUAUAAAUAUACAUGUGCGUUUGAUCGACGGAAUCUUUUUUUCUUUCUUUUUCUUACUAAUUUCAUUUGAAUUAUAUGAAACUUUUU